AUGGCACCAGUUCACCCAUCUCAUACUCAAAAUACAAAUUCUGAUACUUGUAUCUCUCAUUUUAGAUCUUUUACAAAUUUUGAUAAAAUGAUAGAUAGUAAAACUGUCCAAUGUAAAUGUGGAGUUGAAGUUCAACUUGACCGUCCUUUUAAAAUAACAAAUUUUGAAAGACAUAUUAAUAGCCACAACUGUAUUCUUGGUGUUGAUAAUCAACCUAGUUUAUAUCUUUUUUUUGAUCAAAGCAAGAAUGCACAAGGAGAGCGCGAAGAGGAGUUUCUUGAGCUUUUACCUUGUACUGGUUUAUUUGGUGAUUUGUAUACGGAAUAUGCUACUAAUUCUUCAGCCUUUUUUGGUGGAGGAAAAAAACCUGAAGUGAUUGGAAAAACAAUUUUUCCUGAUAAGUUUUCACAAGAUACUCCUUUUUCUCGUAAAAAACUUAAUAAAGAUCAAACUCAACAAUUCAAUACUGCAUUACAAGCAACAGCUACCUGA